GCCGCAUGGGCCCAGGGACGGCGCGGAUGACGGAUGGAGGUCAGCGGACGUGCGGUCGGAGCGGGUCUCGCACCACGGGAGAAGCGGCUGCUGAGCGUGAUUCCUGAGGGCCCAAGGGCGCUGGAAUCGCUUUGGUAGAAAUCUUCCCUCCGGGCCAGCCAGGCCACCAUGGCUGCCCGCCUGGUGAAGCGGUGUACGUGCCUCCUGAGAGAGGCUGCCCGCUUCGCCCCUGCCGUGGCCCCAGUGGGCCGGCUUCGGCUUGCCGGGGUGGCCCAGAAGGCCCUGACCUCCCCGGCCGCCUGGUUCAGCUCCCACUCCCCAGGUUCCUUGACGGAGCUGGUGGAGAAGGAGCAGGUGUUCACCCCCUACCCUGAGCACCCGGAGGUGGACCAGCUCAUUGAGAAGGCCACCAGGCCAGGACAGCUUCUGGAGCUGCUGGGUGGCGGUCACAGCCUGCACCACAACCACGCGGCCAUCGUGCUCAUCCGACUCACCCGCCUGCUGGCCGAGAAGCCGGAGGACAAGGCCUCGCUGAGACAGGACGCCCGCUUCCAGCAGCUGCUCCAGCUGGUCAGCAGUCAGAUCAGCUCCGUGUGGCACGGGACCCUCGUGCGGCUGCUGCGGAGCCUGUACGUGCUGGAGCUGCCUGAGGCUUCCAAGGAGCUGCGGUCGGUGGAGCAGGAAGUGCGCUGGCGCAUGCGGAGGCUCAAGUACAAGCACCUGGCCUUCCUGGCCGAGGCCUGCGCGGCCUCCAUGCAGGAGCAGCACUCCCAGGAGCUGCUGGCCGAGCUGCUCGUGCACCUGGAGAGGCGCUGGACGGAGAUUGAGGACGGCCGCAUGGUAGUGACCAUAAUGAUGAAGGCAGGGCACCUCUCGGAGUCGCUGAUGAACCGCCUGGAAGACAAGUGCCUGGAGCUGGUGGAGCAGUUUGGUCCCGAAGAGAUGAGGAAGGUGCUGGUGACGCUGGCGGCACAGGGCCGGCGGUCGGUGCCCCUGCUGCGGGCCAUCUCCUACCACCUGGUGCAGAAGCCCUUCCCACUGACGAAGAGUGUGCUCCUGGACCUGACCUACGCCUACGGCAAGCUGAGCUUCCACCAGACCCAGGUGGCCCAGCGCCUGGCUGCUGACCUGCUGCCGCUCCUGCCCAGCCUGACCCCCGCCGAAGUGGCCCGCUGCGCCAAGUCCUUCGCCUUCCUCAAGUGGCUCAACCUGCCCCUGUUCGAGGCCUUUGUCCAGCACAUCCUGAACAGAGCCCAGGACGUCACCGUGCCUCACCUGUGCAGCGUGCUGCUGGCUUUUGCCCACCUGAACUUCCGUCCAGAGCGAGAGGAGGAGUUCUUCAGCCUGGUGCACGAGAGGCUGGGGCCGGCGCUGGCGAGCCUGGAGCCAGCUCUGCAGGUGGACCUGGUGUGGGCUCUGUGUGUGCUGCAGCAGGUGCGGGAGGCACAACUCCAAGCUGUCCUCCACCCUGGAUUCCACACCUCACUUCUCGAGGCCAGGUCUCCUAAGGAUCAAAGCGCCUUCCAGAAGCUGCUGCACGUCAACGCCACGGCCCGCCUGGAGCACCCUGAGUAUUCUGGGCCCUUCCUGCCGGCCCUGGCUGUGGCCCCCAGGCCCCCGGCCCCUGACCAGAAGGUGACCCCCUUGCAGAAGGAGCUGCAGGAGACGCUGAAGGGGCUGCUAGGGGGCGCCGACCGGGGCAGCUUCGAGGUGGCCACGCAGUACGGCUGGGUGCUGGACGCGGAGGUACUGCUGGACGCCGACGGUCAGUUCCUGCCUCUGAGGGACUUCGUGGCACCUCACCUCGCCCAGCCAGCUCGGGGCCAGCCGUUGCCCCUGGGAGCUAAGAGGCUCGCCUUCCUCAGGUGGGAGUUCCGCAGCUUCAGCAGCCGGAGCAAGGACCUGCUGGGCCGCUUUGUCCUGGCCCGGCGCCACCUGCUGGCCGCAGGCUUCCUGGUAGUGGAUGUCCCCUACUACGAGUGGCUGGAACUCAAGUCUGAAUGGCAGAAAGGCGCCUACCUCAAGGACAAGAUGCGCAAAGCGGUGGCCGAGGAGCUGGCCAAGUGAUGCGUGGCCACACCCAGGCCUGGCUCUGGACCCCUGGAGGGCAGGAGGUGGCACCUGAGCGCUGGGCCUUGCUCCGAGUGGGAGUUGCCCCGCAGCUCAGGGACUUGUGGGCAAUAAAUUAAAGAAUUCAUUGUCACUGUCA